ACAAUACUGAGGCAGAAGAACGAAUAGUCUCCUCGCUAUAAACCAUCUCCUUAUGUUCCCAAGUGGGAGGGCGUAGCACUUGGAAGAAAAGGCGCUCUGCACACGCUCAGAGGUGCGGGAUCAACAAUAUAUCAUUGCCAUCGCUUAAGAUUUCCAGAGAAUACGAGCCCCGAGGUUCUGGCGCGGGCCUCUUGACGGAGGACUCGCCGCCGCCCCAACUCUCGCUAGAGAGAGAAAAGGACAACAUACACCCACAAGAGGGGCCCUGAAACCAUGUUGCAGAAUAAAAUAAAAAAUAAAAAAUCCUCCUGGGGCGGAGUAGCGGGGCGGAGUCAGCCAGGAGAAAGAAGAAGGAGAGGUGGGGUUUGGAAGCCUGUUGCCCCCUGGAGUGGAGGGAAAGGGACUUGGGAGCGGAGGCAACUUGCGCGCGCGUCCUGCGUCUGAGCGCGCCACGCGUUUGGCAACGGGAGAAACCGACGCGAUGUAGGAUCGGGGCGGCGGGGGUUUGGCUCAGGGGAUCGGGGCCCCAGCCCAGCCCAGGCUCGCCCCCUCACCUCCUCCUCUGCUUUGGUCGAUUGGCGUCUGCCAGGCUCCCUCGCUGGCUCUCCAAGGCAAGCAGCAGGCGCAUCGAGCGUGUGGCUGGGAAGAGCGGGUGCGCCGGUGGCGGUGGUGGUGGGUUCGCUUCCCUCCCUCUCCUCCUCUCCACUCCACCCCGCUCCUCUUCUUCUCCGUCUCUCUCUCUCUCUCUCUCUCUCUCCACCCCCCACCCCGCCUCUCCUCCUUUUCGCGGCUGUGUGAUCUCUGGACAAGGCGUUUAGUGACGGGGGAACGUGCUACCAGGCUUAAAGUAUGGCAAGCAAAGAUGGUUUCUGCCAAGGAGCCAGCGAUCGCGAUGCCUUGGGGUCUGUCUGUCACCUUCCUACACUUCCUGUGCCUGACGACCUGCCUCACCGUGCUCCCGGGACAGCUCAAAAAGGAGGAGAAAUUAUGGCCGGAGAAUUUCACGCGCAUCCUGGACCGUCUCCUGGAUGGUUAUGACAACAGGCUGCGUCCUGGAUUUGGGGGUCCUGUAACUGAAGUCAAAACAGAUAUCUAUGUCACCAGUUUUGGACCUGUUUCUGAUGUAGAGAUGGAAUACACGAUGGAUGUUUUCUUUCGUCAGACGUGGGUCGACAAAAGAUUAAGAUAUGAUGGUCCCAUUGAAAUUCUAAGACUUAACAACUUGAUGGUUACCAAAGUGUGGACACCAGACACUUUCUUCCGGAAUGGGAAAAAAUCUGUCUCGCAUAAUAUGACAGCCCCAAAUAAACUAUUCAGAAUCAUGAGAAAUGGUACCAUCCUUUAUACAAUGAGGCUCACCAUAAGUGCUGAGUGCCCCAUGAGAUUGGUCGAUUUCCCAAUGGAUGGUCACGCCUGUCCUCUGAAAUUUGGGAGUUAUGCAUAUCCAAAGAGUGAAAUGAUUUACACCUGGACAAAAGGACCUAAGAAUUCAGUGGAAGUUCCUGAAGAGUCUUCCAGUUUAGUUCAGUAUGACCUGCUUGGGCAUACAGCAUCCACUGAUACUGUUAAAUCCAUUACAGGUGAAUAUGUCGUUAUGACAGUACACUUCCACCUCAGACGAAAAAUGGGUUAUUUUAUGAUACAAACCUACAUUCCAUGCAUCAUGACUGUGAUCCUCUCCCAAGUUUCAUUUUGGAUCAAUAAGGAGUCUGUUCCUGCCAGAACUGUUUUUGGGAUAACAACGGUUUUGACCAUGACAACUCUGAGCAUCAGUGCGCGGCAUUCUUUGCCCAAAGUCUCCUAUGCCACUGCCAUGGACUGGUUCAUUGCCGUGUGCUUCGCCUUCGUCUUCUCUGCGCUGAUUGAGUUUGCAGCUGUCAACUAUUUCACUAACAUUCAGAUGGAGAAAGCCAAAAGGAAGGCUGGGAGAUCUGCCCCUGAAGUUCCAGCGACUCCCAUGCAGAAGGAAAACUGUGCAGAAGAGGCACCCACGAGCACGGACUCAAAUUCAAAUGUGAGAAAAAGAACUAAUACCACCGUACAGGCGGAAACGGAGGGCGUCAGGAGAAUUGAUACAGGAAACAGUUCCAUGCCACCUUCAACGGUAACUCAGGGGCCUUCGGACGUUAUGCCCCGAUCUCCUUCAGCAUCAAGUCCGAACCCCUUCAGCCGAAUUAGCAUAUCAGAAACAUUGGCUUCUGCAAGAGCUACUCCUUCAGCUCCUCCCUCUACCCCAGUUUUAACAGGAUAUAUUCCCCAGCAAGCCACGGCUGGAUCUCCAACCAUUCACCGUUUACUUGGAUCUAGACUGGAGCAGAUUCAGACUACAGCAAAUACUUUGGGGGCGCCUUCCAAGUCGUCAGUCGUCGCUCCUCCUCCUCCUCCCCCACCCUCAAGCUCUGGCACCAGUAAGAUAGACAAAUAUGCACGCAUUUUGUUCCCCGUCACCUUUGGAGCAUUUAAUAUGGUCUACUGGGUGGUGUAUCUAUCCAAGGACACGAUGGAGAAAUCGAAAAGUCUAAUGUAGUCUUGCUGCUAUGUAGUAGGUUUUUUCUGAAAUUUAUUCUACACACAUUUGAAUGCAGAGUUUCUUCUUUUAAAGCUAUUUUUUAAAAAAGAAACCUUUAAUGCUUAUUUUAUAAAAAAAAAAGAGAGAGAAAAAGCUCUGUGCUCGUUUUCCCAUGGUAAAGGGCAGGUAUUAUUAGGAAAAUUAACGCAGCAAAAUGGAGGGGCAGGGAGUAUGGACACUGUCUUCCAGGCCUUCUUGAAAUGGUGUUCUGUUUGAACAAAAAUGCAUGGGGCCAUUGGGAAGAACAGAGAUGGGAAGCAAAUAUAUUAUAGUGAUAUGCAGAUACAUGUAUACAAUAAAUGUGGUCUGGCUUUCCCGAAAGUGUGCAUCAGUAAGUAGAAGCUGAUGUUUUCAUGGCCUAGCUGCAGGGCAGUAUUCUCUCCUGUGAGUUGGGGUGGCUGUGAAUUGGAGGUUAUUCAUACCUUUGCUGGUAAAGACACACCUUGGAAAAAACCCCCACAAGCAUUCAUGUAGUGGAAAGCAAAGCAAAAAAAAACUUGCUGUAUGUGGGGAAGCUUUAGGAGAAAAGAGCUAUGCAAAUAAGGGGGUAGAUAAUUUCCACUAAACAAAAUGCACAGGCAAUUAUGUUUUUGAACUAAGCUUGGGUGGGUCUUGAGGUAAAACACUUGCACAAAAUCUUUUUGGCUGGUAAAUUAGGGUCAUGACCAAGCCCAAUUUAAGUCAGUUCCACUAAUAUGAAUGGGACACAGCUUGAAUUGGAUAAUAUAACCUGUCUAAGUAAACUGGAACUUGCAUCAUUUAAAUCAACUUGCUAGUUGCAUUGCCCUGCAUUUCAUGUGCAUCCUCCAUAAAUCAUUUAAGCAUCAUUCUUGCAUUUAAGCUAUGUUAGGUUCAAGUUCACUUAAUGUUUACCCUUCAACAGUUGUUUUAUAGAAAAGCAGUACCAAAUGGAUGGAUUUGCCCCUCUACUUUCCGUGAUAUUUUUGUUUUUCCUUCCCUCGCUUGCCAGGAUGUUUCCCCUCUUCACUUGCUUUGAUGACUUUAGCUUAGAUUUCUAAUACAUCUUAGUUUGAAUAUGUGAAUAUUGAACCAGGGCCUGGUUGUUGUUCCUGUUUCAGUGGCCUUAAUCACAGUAACUUCAGGUCUCUCCACUGUGGCACUGGGGCUGCUUCCUGUGGAUUUUAACCUAGGUACUUCUGUGACAUUUGUAUGUAGGAACCUAUGUUUCCCACAUGAAUGUUGAACAGCCUCUAUCUGACCAUGGAACUGGGUCAUGGCAAAGCGAUUCCCAUACCAGUGUCAGAACAUAAGAAAUGAGCCAAUUCUGAGAAGUACCGUGUUUUAAGCACUUUACUGGUUUAGCCGAAUUGUACAACCCGCAGCACCAACCCAUAAAUAUUUAGAAUGUGGAUUAGUGGCAGCUACAAACUGCAAAUGUUAAAUUUUGGCAGCACUGCAGCAACAUUAUGAUAACAUUGCGCUGGAGCUAGUCUGUGAGCUAGUCCUACGGGAUUGCUUUGGAGAGCCAUUUGUGUUUCUCUUGAGUUACAGCUCUGAAAAGAAAAGAAAGAUCAAGCUCGGAAAGUAUUGUUUCCAUCAAAAUUGUAUCUCUCCUCAUGUCUCUGCUCAUUUCUGCAUUUCUUCUUUAUCUGUCCACGAGUCUCCCCACUCCCUGGAUUGAAUGUUUUACCAAAAGGUAGACAGUCAAUAUGGUACAAGAGGGGUAGGUCAGAACAUUGGCAUGGGAAGUAACUAUGAAUACUUCCUUCAACAUUUUGGUAUGUCUGUCUGCAAUGCAAGCUGUGAAGGUUCAGGUGAAUGAAUAACUUGCUAGGAUCACCCCUAGAACACUACAGUGGUACCUCGGGUUACAAACGCUUCAGGUUACGAACUCCGCUAACCCAGAAGUUGUUGCUAGUUGCUAACUAAGUAAGUAGUUAACUAAGUAGUUGCUAGUUCCGCUAACCCGGAAGUAGUUGCUCUGGGUUGCAAACUUUGCCCCAGGAUGAGAAUGGAAAUCGCACGCCAGUAGUGCAGAGGCAGUGGAAGGC